UGUGUUUCGAGAUGAGGGAGUUCAAUUGCGGUCUCAGAAUUAAAUUGAAAAAUCCUUAUUUAUUUAUUACUUGUACUGAUUUUAUUCGUUAAUCAUUACUUUGAACACUCUUAUUUAAAUUUCUUAGUUCUUUGAGUCCGGUAGCACUACAAUUUGACCUGUUCUUUCAAAGUUUGGUCGGUACACCCGACAAUGAAGCGCAGUGCAAAAGAUAGAAAUCAAGAUGACUGGAGGCCAGAUGUUAGCAAGAAAAUACCAGAGCAAAAGUUGCAGGCAUUUUCAAUUGGAACCAUGGGAAAACGGGCUCUAAGCAAACGUGAAAUUGAAGAACAACGGAAAAAAGAGCAAGAGGAGGCUGCAGCGCAGGCAUUCCAAGAAUUCGUUGAAACUUUUCAAGAGGAACCGUCUAAAACAAGUAAAGUUUGGGUCAAAGCUGGAACCUAUGAUGCAGGCAAAAGACAGGAAGAUGCACGGGAUAGAGGCAAGUUGUACAAACCUCAGUCACGACUCGAGAAAACUCCAAUGUCCUCAGCGGAACAGGCCCAGGAGUAUGCAAAAUUUCUUGGCGACAAAAGAAAUGACCGGCAGAAGAAAAAAGGGAAAGAUGGUGAAAAGAAAAAAAGUAAUCUAGAGCUUUUCAAAGAGGAGUUGAAAAUGAUUCAAGAAGAAAGGGAAGAAAGACAUAAAUACAAAGGGGCUCUCAAAUCAACAAUGGAGGACCCCUCAAAAUUAUUACCGGCUUUCCUGGCCGAUGAUGUGAAAUCAGGUUCAUUUGAUCCCGGAGAUCCGACUACAACUAAUUUAUACCUGGGAAAUUUAAAUCCAAAAAUCACAGAACAGCAAUUGAUGGAAGUGUUUGGGAAAUAUGGACCCCUUGCUAGUAUUAAAAUCAUGUGGCCAAGAUCUGACGAAGAAAAGGCUCGUGGUAGAAAUUGUGGUUUUGUUGCGUUUAUGAAUAGGAAAGAUGGGGAAAGAGCUCUCCGAAAUUUGAAUGGGAAAGAUGUAAUGUCAUAUGAAAUGAAGCUAGGUUGGGGAAAAGGUGUUCCGAUUCCUUCUCAUCCAAUUUACAUACCACCGAAGCUCCUGGAGUUGACCAUUCCUCCACCUCCAUCUGGUCUGCCUUUCAAUGCUCAACCACAUCCUAGAGAUAAGCACCAUCUCCCCCACAUUAGGCCUCAUGAUAACCUCUCUCCAGAAGAGACUCGUAAACUGGAUAAGAUCUUGUCGCAAGCCAUUGUAAAAGUAGUUAUUCCUACAGAAAGGUCGUUAUUGAUGUUGAUACACCGGAUGAUUGAGUUUGUCAUUAGAGAAGGACCCAUGUUUGAAGCAAUGGUCAUGAACAAAGAAAUUUCCAACCCGAUGUUUAGGUUUUUGUUUGAGAAUCAAAGUCCUGCCCAUGUUUACUAUAGGUGGAAAUUAUUCUCUCUUCUACAAGGAGAUCAGCAAAGAGAAUGGAGGACUGAAGAAUUCAGGAUGUUUAAAGGUGGCUCAAUAUGGCGGCCCCCACCAAUUCAUCCUUACACGCAAGGUAUGCCUGAGGAACUAAUCGAAGAGGAAGUAGAUUCUCGAACAAAGGGUAGUUUAAGCGCAACACAGCGUGAUAGAUUAGAAGAUUUAUUAAGGGGAAUGGUGCCAGACAAACUGAAAAUAGCUGAAGUCAUGGUAUUUUGCAUUGAGCAUGCUGAUGCAGCCGAGGAGAUCUGUGAUUGUAUAGCAGAAUCACUUUCGAACGUUAGCACAGCUCUUCAUAAAAAGAUUGCUCGUUUUUAUUUAGUUUCCGACAUCUUACACAAUUGCAGUGUCAAAAUACAAAAUGCAUCAUUCUACCGAAGAGGGUUGGAGUCAAGACUGUUGCAAAUUUUUGGGUUUUUGCGUGCAACUCAUGAAGCUAUUGAAAGUCGACUGAAAGCUGAAGGAUUUCGGGCUCGAGUUAUGCGUGUUCUUAGAGCGUGGGAUGAUUGGGCUAUUUAUUCUAGGGACUUUCUGAUCAAAUGUCAAAAUACCUUCACAGGUUCAUCAUCAACUCCGGAUGAUGGAAUUGGAGGGAUCCCAAUGGAUGAUGACAUGAAACACUUGGAAGAUGUGGAUGGAGCUCCAUUAUCUGACGUUGAUGAACCUGGAGAAGAAGAUCUAGAUGGUAUUCCGCUUGAUGGAGCAGCUCUUUUGAAAUCAGCCAUGAAAAAUCAUCUGCCACCGUCCUCCAGCCGCCCACUAGAUACAGACAUAGACGGUUUACCGAUGGAGGAUGAUGAAGACAUUGAUGGAGUUCCACUGGACAACGAGGACGCCCCCACGAAGUCGGCAACAUUCGUGCCAUCCAGAUGGGAAACAGUGGAUCCAGAGCAAGCUGAAGCAGAAGCAAUGACAACUAGCAAAUGGGAACUUAUGGAAAUGGGUAAGCUUCAAGAAUCUGCUGCAGAGAAACCGGAGAGCGUACCUCAGCCCAAAGAUGAGACUUCACAGGACUCCGUUACUCAAGACUCUCAAUCUCAAGAUUUGGAAGAUGUUACCCCAGGUCAUGAUGCUGCAAUCGCUGGUGACGACGAUUUUCGAAGAGCAAAGCUUCGGGAAGUAGAAGUGAAAGUUAUGCAAUACCAAGAUGAAUUGGAGUUCGGCGAUCGAACACUCAAGUCAGGAUGGACUAUUCAACAACAAGUUGCACAUUAUAGGCGGAAACUUCUCAGAAAGGCUGAGAAAGGAGAAAAACUAGAUAGCAAAAAGGAUAAAUCAAGUGAGAAAUCUGUACGUCGCAGCAUAUCACCUGACGAGUAUGUGGAUAUGGUUGAGAGUCGUAAACAUAAGCGUUCCAGAAGUAAAUCUCGAAGUCUUUCCCCCGGGCAUAAGAAAUCUCAUAGAUCUCAUAGUGGUAGUCGAAGUCCCUCUCGCAAGGUGCACCGUGGGAGAUCUCCUCAGUCUGUGCGAUCCAGCAAAAAGUCUUCACAUAUUCAUACGCCCUCUCCACCUCGUAUCAAACGCAAAGCAGCUUCCCCGGAUUCCCCGCAUCGCAGUAGAAGUAGGCGAGAAUACUCACCUCUUUCUCCCUCAUCCUCUUAUCGCUACAAAUAUUCCCGUUCUACCUACUCACCGUCUCCUCCUCCUAGCUCUUCAAGGAAGCAUAAACAUAAACAUAAACAUUGACCCAGUGAAUAUGCAGAACAAUUAUUUCAAUCUAGAUUGUAUUGCGACGGAUACUCUUCCUGAUCAGACUGACAUUCAGUUUUUGAUGUUUCAAUAGGUACGAGUAUCUACUUAAUUGUUUUCAUCCCAAGGUGCUGCAAAGCUCAGCUCAUGCUUGCUGACUUAUUUAUGUACCCAGCAUCUAUUUCCAAAGAGGGAGUGUCUGACUUAACUCACUUUUGUUCGUUUUUCACUCGAAUGUAAUGAACUCAUAAGGAAAAGCUAGUCAAAAAGAAUCAGUUGAUCAUUUGAGUCUCAAAAAUGGAUCUUAGUUUCUUGCAGAGGCCGUUUUUAUCAUCAAAGGGUACUGACUGUGUAUAUUUUAAGUUCUUAUGAUGGAUACGUGGUAAUCAAGGAAACCAAUUACUUGUAUUUCUAUGACAGCGUAAUUGGCUAAUUUGGAACCAUUUCUCAAGCUUCUGCUUUCCCUUAAUUGAAUCCUAUGGCAUUCAAUACCGUAUUUCUAAGUCAAUCUUCUACUCAUCUUUUGAGACAUCUUGAGAAGCCUCAAACGUUGGAGUAGAUACAUUUCUCAGAUGCUAGAUAAGAAGGAAUAGUAUGGAACAUUGCAAAAGUCAUGAUUAUCUUCCUCUGAUAUUUUUUAUUUUAUUAUAUCUGACACAAGUAUAACACAGCUGGUCCAUUACAAUGUGUCCCUUAACACUUUUCAAGCAAUAAAUUUUAUGAUCCAAUUUUUGAAGUUAAAAUACUUUUAGUGGUGGGAACAGUUACUAUGACAUGAGCACUAUCCAAAAAAAUGGGAAAAAAUUGUGUUAAUAUUUCUUAGGUGAAGAAGAAAAAUCACCGGAAACGCAUUGCAUUUUCGUAAAAUUCUAUCGUAACAUUGUAUGAUUAAUAUCUAUCCAAACGAUGUCGCUUAGGUAGCUGUCCUCCCUCUACAUUGGGUGAUGUCUAAUUUGUAACUGCUUGAGCAGUGCCCAUAGAGGUUCCAAAGUGUGUAGUAAUUGCAGUAAUGGAAUUUUUUUUCCUACUUUUUCUGAUAGCAAAUAAUGUGAUGAGGUGCCAAUGAAAAUAGAGGCAAGUUCCGUCCUUACAAAGAGGAUAAUUUGUUACACGGUUGCAAGCAGGUUUUUUUACUUAUCAAUGUAUUGUUAUUAUGUAAAAAAAAGUGCUUCGUAAUUUUCUCUCAAAAGACUUGCUUACAGUGUAGAUGAAGAAUGAGGCAAAUGCUUGUGAAAGUGGGCCUAACAUUUAGAUUUCUUUACAUCAGCAAGAGGCACCUUUGAAGAAAGAAAAAAACUAAAUUCCUUUACGAGUUGUUCGGUAGACAAUUCAGGUAGGAUGCUGUCCUUAAAAAGCUUUGAGACUUUUUCUGUCUAUGAUUCUUUAAAUUCUGUUUCAAGAAUUUUUUGUGAUUAAGAAGUUUUGUAUCUAUUACACUUAGAGAAAAUGUGUAUUAUUAUGUAAAACAACUAAAAAUGAAAGAAUAAAAAAGAUAAAAUAAAAGUAAUGUUUCGAUAAAAUUUGA